GCAUUCAUUCAUAGUUAAAUAAUUACAUUUUUUUCAUAAAAAAUGUUGAAUUUGACAAAACUUGUACUUCAUAUGAAGAGACCUGCCGCAGCCAAUUACUGUGUGAAAACUGUUUACAAUGGAAAUAAGUUUUUAAUAAGCAGAAAAUUAUUCGAGAAUGAGCAAUGUUCACAAAAGAAAAAUACUACCACAGAACUGGACAGUAAAUGUGUAUCAAAUUUGACUCUUUAUCACGAGCUGUUGGACGUAAACAAUGACGGUGUUGUAUCCAUCGAAGAUUUAAAGGAACUGACUAAACGUUUUUCAAAACUCAACGACAUGACGGACGAACAAAGUUUUAUGUUCAGCAGAGUCAUUGAAAACUUAUGGUACAAACAUUGGGGAUGCAUUGAUCCGUUCGAUUACGUUACGGUAGAGAAAUAUUUGAAGUACGUCCAGUACAUGAAACAAAACGAUGCAGGUCUGGAGGAUGAAGUUGUUCAACUAUUGCCAUACUUGUUUAAGGCUGUUGACAAAGACCAGGAUGGAGAUAUUUCAAAAGAAGAGUAUAUUAAAUUUUUGGAAUGUAUUGGGACAUCAAAGAAGACUAACUUGAUCAAGUCAUUGGGCAUUAUAAACGACAAAGAUGAUACCAUUAAACUGGAAGAUUUAAUGUUGAUUAUUAAACACCAUUUGUUUCACAUUAAAGAUAAAACUGAUGAUACCACAAUAAACAACGGCACCAUUAGCUAUAACUAACAAUAAUUAUAAUUUACAACUUAAUAUCAUUGAUA